AUGGCGGCAUCAGUAACUUCACAGGAUAUGCCCGCGGGCUCGAAUAAGCGAAAACGUGUCGAGGAGGAAGAUGGCGCAGAAAACACAUCCAGAGCAGCUCCCGUACAACAGCCCAGCAAGAAGAAAAAGAAGAAACGGUCGAAGGGUGCGAAAGGUGGGGAUGAAUACGAUGCGAAUAAGGUCAUGGGCAAAGACGGAGGCAUUGACGAGUCCAUUGGGAAGAUGGAUGGGAAGCUGCUGGGAGAUUACUUUGUCCAAAGAGUCAAGAGGCAUAACAAGAACUUGACUGCUGUGGAAUUGGACGAUUUCUACAUCCCAGAACAUGCGUUUCUCGAUACCUCAUCCUGGGAAUCCUCUCGGGAACUCGAUAAUAUGCCAUCCUUCUUAAAAGCGUUCAGUCCAGAGAAAGGCGAAUCACUUUCUAAGGCCUCCGAGGUCAAAGGAUCCCCACAUACCCUGGUCGUCACUCUGGCCGGUCUCAGAGCAGCAGAGAUAACGAGGGCAUUACGGCAAUUCCAGAACCAAGACUGUGCAGUUGCUAAGCUGUUUGCCAAACACAUAAAGCUAAGAGAAGCUCAGGAAACAGUGGAAAAGACAAGAAUAGGUAUAGGUAUUGGAACACCGGUCAGGUUAAACGAUCUUGUGAAGUCAGGAUCACUGAAGCUUGAUUCGCUGAAGCGUAUCGUCGUUGACGGGUCUUAUGUUGACCAAAAGAAGCGUGGCAUAUUUGAUAUGAAGGAGCUUCAUUUUCCUCUUAUGGAGUUUCUCAACCGGGCUGAACUAAGGGAGCGAUAUCAGUCUAGGAAAAGCGAUAAAGUCCAAAUUAUUGUAUAUUGA